AUGUCAAGUAGCGAACUAGCGGCUCUUGGAGACAUGCCAAAGGCCGGCGAAGCCGUACUGAAGCUUAAUGAUGGAAACAAUAUGCCAAUGCUGGGAUAUGGUUUAGGAACGGUAUUACACAAAAGAUCUCGAGACCAGAAGAACGAAGCCAUUGUCACAAUGACAAAACUCGCAACUGAACAUGGAUUUCGCCACCUCGAUGGCGCUGAACUGUAUAAUAAUGAGAAAGAACUUGGCGAUGCUGUGCGAGCUUCUCCGAUUCCUCGAUCAGACCUUUUCAUAGUUACAAAACUAUGCGGUACUGAGAAAAGGGAUGUCAUGGCAGAGUUUGAAGGUUCUCUGAGUAGGCUGGGCCUUGACUACGUGGACCUCUACUUGGUGCAUGCACCUUACAUGGCAGACAAUGCGAAUUAUCUGCAGCACGUUUGGUCUCAAAUGGAAGAGAUCAAAAUAUCCGGAAGGUCUAAGUCAAUCGGUGUAUCAAACUUUCUGCAAGAACACAUCGAGAUCAUCUUGGAGACGGCACAAAUCCCCCCUGCUGUCAACUCGAUCGAGUACCAUCCUUAUCUUCAGCGUGGUCCUCUAAUUAAUUUCCUCAAGUCGCAGAAUAUCGCAAUCUCAGCAUACUCUACCCUCACGGCGCUGACCGAAGACGCUACAGGUCCAGUCAACGAGCUCUACACCCAAUUGGCUCGUAAAUAUGACGUGUCGGAGACAGUUAUAGCAUUGAGAUGGUGUCUGGAUCAAAACAUAACAGCUAUCACUACCACUCGCAAAGGUCACAGGUUGAAAGCGUUAUGCAAGGAUCUGCGCACAUUCAAACUCACUAAACGAGAGAUCGACAGCAUCUCGGUUGCGGGUCAGUCAAAGCACUAUAGGAAAUUUCUUACAGACCGGUUUCUGCCCCAAGAUCGGCAAUGA